CAAAAAGGUGGUCAAUGCGGUUAGAGCCCUACCGAGAUUUGGCUACCCCGCUGUCGACGACGCAGAAACAUCCCAUCAUCCAGUCUUAUUCACCCACGUUGUGGAACAACACGAUACCACAGCCAGCCAGCAGUCUGCUGGAGGUUGCUGGUUUAUUGAUUAGCGCAUUGAAGGCACUGUGCUAUCGAUCAAGUACUGAACAUGGAAAAUUCAAUCUCUCUUUAGAUGCUAAGCUACUUUCUGGUUCGUCCCGAACAGCCGCAACCGAUUCCGAUGUGUUCCGUGCGGGAAGUCAAAGUCGCGCCAGCAAUGUGGUUGACCGUGUCUCGUUUUGCCUGAAAUCAAUGUUCUGCUUUCGCUCCGAGGGAAGUAUCACGCACAUGUUAGAUUAUCGCCGAUUCUCGGAGUUGCCAGGUGCUGCUAUCAAUCGCAUACCAGCUUCCUUUCCCGGAGAACAGCUGCGCAUGAUAGCCGCCUUUAAACUUGGAUGUCGAGAUAGCAAUGUCCCAUUCAUCUCGACCAGGACCCCCGAUCCAGCUUGUGUUUCGGUUGCCAUCAGCAACAUGGCCUAGACCUCGGGGCGACAACGUACACAAUCGAUCGUCGGGAGGAACUGGUAUGGUCAUAGCCCGAGGCUUAUGGUGUUGAGGUGGAUCAUUUUAGAAACACCUUUGUCUUGCUGGAAUAUUUAGGAAAAUACUGUGAGAGAUAAUUGCUAUGCCAUGCUCUUCCACCGGGCCAGCCAUUCGUGAGGAAUCAGCAGUAGUAGCAUCAACCACCGUUAUUUUGGAAAAUGUAUUCUCGGCAUGCAGCUUUGAGAACGUUCAGCUUCUCCUGCGACUGGAAGUAUACCUUCGCAUACGGCCUUCAUCU